UUUAUUCGGCAGUAAGCAUUUGUCAGAGUCGCAUGGGUUAUCUAUUUUCCAGGGAAAUGGGUGAGCCAAAAGGUCUGGUUUUUGCUCUACUGAUUUGGUGUCUCCUCACAGUACACGGUAAGAGCUUUUGUUGCGUGGCAUAAUUCACUUCUAAUUUUACAAAUAUGUUAUUUAAUUUCUUUGCAAUUCUCAUUGAAAUAAGCAAAUGGGCCUUUUACUCCCUCAUUGACUAUGGACUAUUACAGUUGGGCUCUAUGGUCGUGUCUGAGCCUCACAUUCCAUACACUUCUAAUUGGUUGGCAUCUUUACUGCCAUUCCAUUACGUGUGAUCAUUACAGGGUAAAGGACUUUCAUUGGUGAUGAUUAAUUUUCAGGGUCAUUCACACUCAUAGGAAUAGUUAAAGGGAUGUUUCAUUAAAAUGCAACUGAACAUAAUAUUUUCUCUUACCUAGACUGUGGUCGAAUCCCCAAGACAGAUUUUGGAUAUGUGUUUUGCUUACUUGGGUAUUUGAUAGUCAUGUUGUGUUUGAUCACUAUCACCAUAGGGCACUGUUCAUUCUGAAAUGAUGUCCAAAACACCUUACAAAUACUGAAAUACAAUUCACAAUACAAAGUGUCCCUUUCUGAAGAACUCGUCUGCGUUAGAUUUUUGAAAAGUCGAAAGUGUUCUAAUACACUUUUGGAUUGUGAUGUUCUGAUGCAUCACAACACCAAAAUUCUAAUGUGGAUUGAACUGCAAUAAAGUCAGCUCUUCAUCUGAAAUGGUCGUUAUAAGGUUUACUGUUUCAUUGACUAUUAGGCCAAUAUUCCUCAAUUUCAGCUCUAGGUUCCCAACAAAGCUGCCAAAAACCCCAACUGGAUAAGGGUUAUUUUGACUCUGAUAAAGGAACUUACCCGCAUGGCACGGAACUUUACUAUGCCUGCGAUAAAGGCCAGAAACCUGUGGUUGAGGGGUGGUGGGCGAUUGUUAAGUGUGAGAACAGCAAAUGGUCCCACACACCUCUGUGCAUAGGUAAGUGAUUUGAGCGUUCUUUUUUUUCUUUUUUUUUAUAUCAUGAAUGAGAUGUUAGAACAUUGGUGUUUGAGAUCAAGGUAAGAUUUUGUGGGUUCCUGCUGCCCCCACAGAGUAUAGUGUGUACUGCUCAGUGUUUAUACCUGCAUGUUGUACUCAUAAGUCACCAACAAUAUUUUAUUGCUUAUUAACACAUUUUCUGUUCAGGUGAAGAUGGAAACGACGUUGAUGACUUUGUUUAAGCUUUCUUUUCAUAUUGUGUAGGCUACUCCUUCUACAAUAGCCGAAUUCUCCCAACAGGAACUCUCCCAACUACAUUACAUGCUAUCGCAAUACAUCUCCAAACCUUGCCCCAAGUCUCCAGUCGCCCCUGGGUUAGAAUAUAUGACCAUCUGGGGCCUCCCUUAGGCUUCAGCUUUGUAAACAUUAAAUCCUGAGACUUUGGGUCAAGCACCGGGGUAAAACCAGACAGUGGAAAAGGUCUAUACAGCUUUUUAUGGCACAUGGCACAGAUAGCAAGCUAGUCCAGGUACCUUGUGUACCUUAGGCUGAAUGCAGACAUGCUGUUUGGUUCAAACCUCGCUCAGUUGAUUCAAUAAGAUGUUUUUUAGCGUUUGGUUUUGUUUUUCAGAUGAGAACAACUGCAUUGCUCCAGACAACCCUAAUGCUAAAGUGACAGAACCUAAUGUGUAUGGAUGGCAUACCAAUGGCGAUACUGUUCGGUUUAAAUGUGAUGCAGCAUAUCAAAUGAAGCGCAAGGACAGUUCCAAAUGUGAGAAUGGAACUUGGACAGAAUUACCACUUUGUGUAGGUGAGUGUGUUCUCAGUGAUGUCUCUGUAUAAAACUCUUGUUUUGAUUCACUUUGUAGUAAUAAUGAUAACAUAAUGAUGACUUCUUGCUUAAAUUAAAUUAAAUAUUACAUUCUGUAUUUUUUCACCUCUUUCACCACAGAGGGUGGCAUUUGGUCAUCGUAUUGUCCUUCAUUUUGUUAAAUGUUCAGUGAUUGUCAGUCGAAGCAGCAUGUGUCAGUGUCACAUAUGAGAAAUAUGCUGUACAUAGCAACAUGUAUUGGUGUCUGUGUUACAGCUGUUCUGGUUCUUUACAGAAAGAGACAACUUGUGUGAAGCUCCUCCACCAGUGACAAAUGCAGUUAUCCCUCAUGAAUACCAGGACAAGUUUCCAACUGGCUCUAUGGUACAUUAUAAAUGUCAGAAUUCAUAUACUUUGGAAGGACCAGACUCUAUUGUUUGCCAAGAUGGAGGAUGGACCCCCAGUCCCAAAUGCAGUAAGUGAAGUCCUGGCGUCAGAGCCAUCAUUUUACAGUGUGACUCCAGUUUCAUUUGUUGUUUUAUCUUCUGAACCCUUCUGAGGAGUAAAUCGUUGAUAUUUGUUCCCUGUCUCCUUCUCAAUAGUUAAAACUCCAUCCCCCACAGAGAGGGCCAGCACAGGUAAUAUACCCCAAUAGCAAUAAACUGGUGUUAGCAAUAUUGAACAAUGUAUCUGGCCAAACAUGAGAGACAAACCUGCAGGUUUCUUGUUUGGUGAGUGACAUUUCUAGAAGACCUUUUACAUUACACAAAUUGUGCCCCCUGAUAUUCCUAAAAUAUCCCAGACUGACGAAUCUACGAACAUUGGGUCAUUGACAUUAAUUGUGGCCAAAACUGAGUAGUGUGCAGUAACUGCCUUGAAGUGAAUGUUAUUAAUCAUGUUAUAUCAUUGCCUGUGGGACAGGUGAAGGAGGCCACAGCACUUCUGGUGACAGAGGGAAUGGUGGCACAUCUAGUGGAGGGGACCACAUUGACUCUAUCGGUACUCUCAUCCAAAUGAGAUAUUCCAUUAAAAAAUAUCCUAUUCCUACCUCAGUUUAGUUCAGCCAGUCAUAAAUAUUGUAACAAACCUGGCAUUGAUAAGACCGAUUGCAGGUACCGUAAUGCCACAGUAUUCUGCUAUAUCUAAGUCUUAGCAGGUGAAUUAAUUAAAGACACAGUGUGAAUGUAUAAUGUUAUUUGUAAGAGGUCCUUAGGUCUCUAUUCAGUCUGUAUCGCUGAAGCAUUACAGGUUGCACGCUAGAAAUGUAAAGCUAAUUUCUGAUUGAGGCGACACAUGCAGCGAAAAUUGCCUUUAAAUUUCAAUCAGGCUGUAACGCUGCAUUUCCACGAUGCGGAUUGAAAAGAGGCCUUCAUUUCAUGGCCUUCCUCACUCAAAAACGAAUGCAGGAAAAGUCAAUGUAAAAUACAACAUGCUGUAGAAUCAAUGUAUUUUUUACGUCUUGCAGUUUCCAAUGUCUAAUGCCACAUUUCCUACCAGGUUCAUUUUUACAUAUAUCUACUGUAACUGUCUCUAACAGGUGAUGAGUCCUCACCCAAUGUCAGACCCACUGCCAGACCACAACCUAGUGGUCAAAUUUUACCUGGUAAUUCAAACCUUCUGUUUUCCACUUUUCACCAUUAGACGUAUUUUUAUAAUCUUAUUUAGUGAACCAAAUAGAAGCUAGUCUGGUAACACUUACUUAAAUCCUCCUAUUGUAAUGCUUUAUAAUUAGCCUGUGAGCGUCAUAAAGCAAAACAUGUUAAACGUGAGUGUUCGUAGAUAGCUUUUAAUAAUUUGUAGCUCAAACCAUUCUGACUCCACAGACGUUUUUGUAAAAAAGACCCGGCCCCGGGCCCCUUUGGGAUCCGCCCCUGUCUCACAGACACCACUCUAGCUCAGCCCUCGUUAAUCACACAGGUUGGUACUAACGGAUGCAGAAGAAAUAGACAAAUCCAAUGGUACAACCCGGAAGUCUGUAGCUCAAAUACACUCUGUUAAAAAGGGGUUAGAAGUCCUAAAUCACGCCGGUGGGACGGUGGGACCCGCCGCAACGGUGGGACGGUGGGACCCACUCACGGUGGGCCCAGGGUAGCUCAGUUGGUAGAGCAUGGCGCUUGCAAUGCCAGGGUUGUGGGUUCGAUUCCCACGGGGGGCCAGUAUGAAUUUUUUUUAUACACUCACUAACUGUAAGUCGCUCUGGAUAAGAGCGUCUCCUAAAUUACUAAAAUGUAAAAUGUAAUUAAUUUGUUUUGUCUCUGUAUGCAUAGAAUUUUCAACUGGCUGAUAUUUAGUCCAGAUCAUUAUGACAUGAUUACAAGAGACAUAAAGGGGUCGUACAUGCUAAUGACAAGUCUUAUAAUGCAUUAUAGCUGUAUCCUAAUGCAUUAUACCUAGAUGCUUAGAGUUAAUUGUUACCGCAUUUCCUUUCACCUGGCAGUGGCCUGGUUUAUGAGCUGAAAUGUCUCAGAACAAUAUGUGCAUUAUCCUUGUAAUCCUGAAGAGCUGUAAUUGUUCUUCAGUUGAUAGGUGUGGAGCGAAGCCAACAGUUGAUAAUGGGGAUUUUAUCACUGUCCCUGGAAGCAAUCAAAUGGCACUGACCUACAAAUGCAUUAACUAUUACAAACUUGUGGGCCCAGAGAAAGUGAUGUGUCGUAGUGAUCGAAAGUGGUCAGAGCUACCCACUUGUAAAGGUAAAUAAAUGAUGUUUUUGCUAAAAUUAACAAGAUACCAUCACACACCUAAUUGUCUCAUAAUAUAUCAACCUUCAUUAACACUCUUAUAUCAACUCUUUAUAUACCAGCUCCCUGUACCAUUGAAAAAAAUAAGUUUGACCAGCUGGAUCUUCCAAAAGAUAUGUUUGUGAAGGAAGGAGAGAGUCAAACAUUUCUCUGUAAAGGUCAUCUCUAUUACAGACCUCUUUUUGCUGAUGUUCGAUGUCAGAAUGGAGAUGUGACCAUUGACGGAUGUACAUGUAUGUAUGAUGUGUUAUUCACAACAAAAAGAAACAGAAUAUACUGGACUCAAGCAACACAAUGUUUUCUUUCUUUAUCAGUUGUUUAUUAUUUAGUUUAGUUCAUUGUUUUUAAUGUGUACUGUAAAUGAGUCACUAUAACAUAUAUUAUCACAAACUCAAUGUCUUCCCUCAUAAUGAAUAAGCCUUCAUUAACACUUUCAUAUUCAUUCUCUUUUGACAAAGGGGGCUGCAAACUGGAACCAAGACGUCAUCAUUGGCUGGGUCUUGCACAAGAUAUGUUUAUAAAGGAAGGACCUAAGAGAAUUAUCUGUGGACGACCUGAUUCCUAUGGUCGUCCUCUUGUUGCAGAUGUUCAAUGUCAAAAUGGAGAAAUAACCAGUUCCUCUUGUAAGUCUAAUGCAACAGUAGGAAAGAGAACAUAAUCAACUGAAACACAUUCUUCACAGGUUUUUGUCAAGAGUGAGAAAAAUGACUUAUUGUCUUUAAGUUACAUAGUUUUACUUGUGAGUUACUGAAAAUGCUACUGUAAGCCUCAUUUGAUUCUAAAUAUUAACUACCAUGUCAUCCCAUUUAGGUUCCUAGCUAAACUAAUAUCUGGUAAGUGUUUAUGCAUCUCUACACAGUUAGUUAUUAAACUCAAUCAAACUUCAAUGGGGGUUUUCCCAGUGUCAGAUAUACAUGAAUAGAAUCAAGAAAUGUUGAGGGCAGUCCCAUAAAUGCUUCCAUUAGUUGUAGUGAGCCUCUAUUCUCUUAUGUAACUACAACAAGGUGGUGUAUUUUCUUAAAAGGGCCGUUGAAUCAACGCAACACACCCAAAUCUGCAGCAAAUCCCCUGGAAGAGAGGACUUCCCACGUUGGCCACGAAUGAAGAUUGUUUGUGAUAUGUUUGAUAAAAUUGCUUUUACAUUUGGUUCAUGAUAUGGAAUGUGCCUUACAACACACGGUGUUAGUAGGGGAGCAGAGAGGAAUGGCGGUCCACCAUCUUAGGAUAGGAGGCUGUCUGACAAGAUUUAGACAAUCCUUCUGAAUGAUUAAAAAGUUAUGAAAAAUACAUGUUGAAUAUGAUAAUGGGUAAACAAUUGAUGAAACAGUUGAUCAGCGAUACACUUGAUAUUGAUCCUCCAUUCAUUUAAAGCAGCAAACUACUGAUAGUCAAUGAAAGUCAAAUCAAUUGAAUGUGCGGUAUACAAUGGAUGCAUGUAGAAAAUAUCAUGGCUUGGAUCUAUAUAAAAUACAUAUAAUUAUACAUUUGUGUGUGCUUUUAUAUGCGUAUGUUGGUUUUACACCAAAUCAUUUCACAAACAAAUGUGUCAAACACAACACACAGCAACAGUUGACAGUAACCACCAACUAACUAUCCAGAAACAUAUUCAGAAGAUCAAAACACAGAACUCACCAUUAAACAUAUUUUAAUAGUUUGAACAGUACGAUGAAUACAAUCUAGUGGAAGGUGAAAUCUGAAGAUAUGGCCUUCAUAGAAGAAGGUGGACACAGACAUGUCAAAAUUAAACAAAAAUGUCUGAAUCUAUACAUUUAAUAUGAUAAAGCUUUGUGGAUCUUUAAGAUGUUACAUCUAGUGGAGGGGACCACAUUGACUCUAUCGGUAAUCUCAUCCAAAUGAGAUAUUCCAUUAAAAAAUAUCCUAUUUCUACCUCAGUUUAGUUCAGCCAGUCAUAAAUAUUGUAACAAACCUGGCAUUGAUAAAACCGAUUGCAGGUACCGUAAUGCCACAGUAUUCUGCUAUAUCUAAGUCUUAGCAGGUGAAUUAAUUAAAGACACAGUGUGAAUGUAUAAUGGUAUUUGUAAGAGGUCCUUAGGUCUCUAUUCAGUCUGUAUCGCUGAAGCAUUACAGGUUGCACGCUAGAAAUGUAAAGCUAAUUUCUGAUUGAGGCGACAUAUGCAGCGUUUAUAGUGAACACAGUCUCUGCUAACGUGGGAAAAUUGCCUUUAAAUUUCAAUCAGGCUGUAACGCUGCAUUUCCACGAUGCGGAUUGAACUUUUUUCAAAUCUUUAAGAUGCUAUUGUCAUUUAAUGUAAUUCUGUCCAAGGAUAAUAUUUAAUAUAUUUUUUAAACAUUUCUACAUGUUCUCCUCUAUUUGGCAAUUGGCACCAUAUCAAUUCAAAGCAUCAGCAUGUUUUUCUUUACAGUUUUGGUAUGUCAAAAGGUAACAAUAUAAUACUUGGUAACUCAGACUUUCCGUGGUUGAAUUGGACAACAAAGUGUUACGAAAUUGGUGCAAUUCAUACUGAAACUGUAAAUAUUUGUUUGAACUUUGGCAUGUGUCUGCUAAAUAAAUAUUAUUUGGCC